CUGCGUAAGUUUUCCAUUAUUUAUAUUUAAUUUUGUAGCUUUACUAUUUACUAAAUCGAAAUGCCUUUGAUUGAUAUAACUAACCCCGCGGUGAUCAUAUUCUUGAUUGAAAACUAUGAAAAAGAAAACCGGUUAAGGCUUAACUGGAUACACAAGAAUUGGGAACAAAUACAACAAGCUGCUACACUAAAUAGAGAGUCAACUAAUUAUUUCGAGACCGACGUCAUAGCUCAAGGUAUGAUCGAUGGCUUGCCGACUAUAACAAGGGAUCACAUAGUGGCCGGCUAUAACAGACGCAAAACCCCUAUACGCGACGGGACAUUCAUACCUGGUGUUAAAAACCUGCGGCAUGGACACUCUAUAAUCGACGUAGCUCUCGGUGAUCCAAAAGAGGAUCCCAGACUCGAAAAGCCCCGUGAUGAUCUUACUUUUGAUCCAGUAAUGCGCCCUAUUGAUCCUGAAAUAAAGAGCGUUAUACGCAAACCCAAACCGGAGUUCGGCAGAGAGCAAUAUUUGGCUAAGCGCAGCAGAAUCGCACCGGAGAAGAAGUACUAUUUCGCUGAAUGCUCUAGUUUCGAGCACGGUUGGCGCCUUAAAGACAGUGCGUUGCGUCAGAAGCCGGUUUAUGGAAGGUGCUGGCAUCUAAAUAAAGCUUUGCGUACUAGAGUUGGUCCGCAACCAGAUCCACCGCAUUACAAACCGUCAGAACCUCCAGGGGUCAACAAAUGUUCUGCCAUAUAGAUAGAUGGCACCACGUGUGUGUUCGAAAUGAAUUUUCUUUUCGCUUUACUCAGUUACUUCAUUAUAUUAGGUGCUUGAUAUAUUUACUGAGUA